AUGCAAGGGACACCGGAAGUGACGUGUAGUACAUCCGGCGAAUGGCAGACGCUUCCCUCAUGUGAAUCUGUCACGUGUGGUGCUGCUCCUGAUGUGACGAAUGCUGAUUCCAACAUCAUCACCAAGACAGGUGCGACGGCGUACGGGGCAAUCGUGGAAUACAUGUGCAAGGCCGGCUAUGAGAUUAAAGGAUCCUCGCGCAGACUCUGCAACGCUACCAACGUGUGGAGCAAUACCGCCCCAACCUGUGAAAGGAUCAAAUGUCCACUCCCUGAAAUUUCAAUGGGCUCCCUGAGCGUGGAGAAGCCAGCUGAUUUCGAGGACAAGGUAAAUCUGGCGUGUGAGCCUGGCUAUUGGGCCUCCACAACAAACAAAACAGUCGCCGUCCUCACGUGUAAAGCGGAUGGCAGAUUUGAGGAAGUCUCCUGCGUGGAUGAAGACGAGUGUGUCACCAAGUCCCCUUGCUUGUCUACACAGACCUGUGUGAACAAUGUCGGCUCCCACAAGUGUGUGUGCAGACAGGGCUACAGACCAGGGACUGUCGUGCAGUGUGAAGAUAUCAACGAGUGCGGUGACGGUAGCGGCGGCUGCCAACACAGCUGCAAGAACUCCGCGGGAUCCUACACCUGCACCUGCAAGGACGGAUACAAACUGUUUGAAAAUGGAACCAACUCGAAGUACAUCGUGGAAGGGGAGACUGGUCUCAGGAGACUUGACGUUUACCAUGUGAACCACUCGUGUGUCCGGAACACGUGUCCUCGUCCUAGUGAUGUCACCAAUGGCGUCCUACACAGUGAGAAGCAGACCUUCUUCUACCAGGAUGAGAUUAUGUACAGCUGCCAGCUGGGAUUCUCCUUGAGCGGAGAUGAGACGAGGACAUGUCAGGCACCUGGAACCUGGUCUGGAUCUGAUCCUACUUGCACAGCUGUUUCCUGCUCAGCACAGACACGACAAGGGACGGAUGUCCAGAAGGAGAGGGCGGUUCGCAUUGUCCCGACAACUCCUGUUCCGUUCAAGGGCAAGGUGGUUAUAGGGUGCAGGAAGGAGGAUAACUCCACCUUCAACAAGACCCUCUACUGUGCCUAUGACAGCAAGACGAAGACAUAUACCUUACAAGGCGACUCCCCCAUCUGUCCAGUUGUUGACUGUGGACCUGUGGAGGACAUCGCUGGCCUUAACAAUCCUGACCUCGAGACGACAGGAUCAACGUUUGGGACGUACUUUGAGUUCAGCUGCAGUACAGGGGCGACACUAUCUGGGGUAUCGACUGAAAACUCCACCACUGUGAGAUGCCGAGAAAAUGGUCGAUGGGGAUUUGGUAACCUCACCUGCAAAGCUACGAAGUGCCCGGAUCCAGGUACGCCCGGGGGAUCGGAGCAGAUAUUUGACAGCUACGAGCAGGGGAAGGUUGUGGCUUACAGGUGUACAAGACCUGGAUUCACACCUGUUCCCGAUGACAGCCGCACCUGCGUCUACUCAGACACCGCUAAGUCAGCAUCGUGGACGGGAAGUGUUCCUGUGUGUGAAGAUACAAUGCCCCCGGUGUUUGCCAACUGUGACGGUGACAGGAACAUUACCAUCUACAAGAUGCAGGUACCAAACAUCACCAUCCCCUCCGUUCAAGACAACUCUGGCUUUCUUAGCAUGAAAGGUUUUAUCCUUCCGCGUGGCUUCAAUCCAGCGGACCCAGUGUUGAGGAACACAGAAGUAACUUAUGAAGCCACGGAUGGUGCUGGUCGAAGUUCCCAGUGCAAGUUCCAUAUCAAUGUCAGAGAAAUGAGCUCCAUCACCCUGGACUGUCCUCAUAUAACAUACAAUGUGACAUCAACGACACCCACCACAUACAACAUCGCCGACCAGAUCACCCACAGCAGCGGAGCACUGACCUCUUCCCCCACAACCAUCGUCAAUUUGACCAAUGUGGGCACGUUCAAUGACUACAGAGUCACGCUGCGCAACGACCAGGGAUUUGAAAAGACUUGCACCUUCCAAGUUCUGAUCAAAGCUGGAAAGUGUUUCCACGAGCUGACCAACAGUCUACAGAACGCUGACGUUAAUCGCUCCAGCAACAACGACAACAGCAUCCUCUCCUCUGUCGUCACCUGCAAAAAUGGUUAUGCCCUUGCCGACGGCUCCACAAGUCGUACAUACAACUGUUCGGGAGAGAAUUUCUGGUCACCAUCUUUACCUCUCGAGGACUGUUUACCCUCCUCCAUCACCGAGUACACGUACAAGGUCAGCCUACACCUGAAGUCCAGGGACCUGGUGAACGCGGCCAGUGCAUGCCGCAGUGACUUAGCAAAACUUUACAACGAUGUGAUAUCCCCCAAUGCAUCCGGCAUCAACAAUCUGUGUCCGAUUCAGGGACAGCUGAACGCCAGAUACCGCUUCAGUGUCGCCGAGGCCAUCUUUGUUGGUGUUCCCGCUCUCUUUGAUCAUAAGGUGGAACUUACGCUUAAACUGGAAAAUUACGAUGGACAGAACACGGGUCCUGAACUUUGCGCCGGCAAUAUCAACCUACAGAAGACAGUGUUGUUUGGGCUGGAACCCGGAGACUGUGCCUUCACUGUGCAGGACAGUUCCACAGGUGUUAAUCUCACACGGUCCGGACAAUCCUGCAGUGUCGGGUACCAGCUGAGAGACGUCGGAGGAAGCAAGAAGUGUCUACCGUGUCCCCACGGAUACUCGUCGUCCCCCAGUGGAGAUUGUGUUGAGUGCCCUGACGGUCAGUAUCAGGACCAGCCCGGACAACCCUCCUGUAAGAGCUGUGGCAGCGACAUGUACUCACUGACCCCACGGACCAGCAGAGCAAGAUGUGUCAAUAAGUGUCGUCCUGGGUUCUAUUCUACAACAGGGCAGCAGCCAUGUGUUGAGUGCCAAGAAGAUACGUACUGGGUGAACGCCACUCAUUGCCUACCAUGUCCAGAUGGAGGCUCCACCUUGUAUGUAGAGGGCACCACCAGCAUAUCCGCGUGCAGAGCACCGUGUCCCAGUGGUCAGUACUCCGUGACUGGCUACGCUCCCUGUACACCGUGUCCUCGCCAUUUUUACCAAGACUCCAGAGCACAGACACAGUGUAAGGAGUGCGACACAGACCAGAUCACAGAACAGACAGGCUCAAAGACACUUAGUGACUGUAAACCCGGAAAAAUGAGCUUCAUGACCCUGGACUGUCCUCAUAUAACAUACAAUGUGACAUCAACGACACCCACCACUUACAACAUCGCCGACCAGAUCACCCACAGCAGCGGAGCACUGACCUCUUCCCCAACAACCAUCGUCAAUUUGUCUAAUGUGGGCACGUUCAAUGACUACAGAGUCACGCUGCGCAACGACCAGGGAUUUGAAAAGACUUCUGGAAAAUGUUUCCACGAGCUGACCAACAGUCUACAGAAAGCUGACGUUAAUCGCUCCAGCAACAACGGCUACAGCAUCCUCUCCUCUGUCGUCACCUGCAAAAAUGGUUAUGCCCUUGCCGACGGCUCCACAAGUCGUACAUACAACUGUUCGGGAGAGAAUCUCUGCCUACCACAUCCUGUGUACAUGUACAUAUGUAUAUUUCAACUGUUUGUACACUUUGGUACCACAGCCUCCUCCCCCAUCACCGAGUACACGUACAAGGUCAGCCUAGAUCUGAAGUCCAGGGACCUGGUGAACGCGGACAGUGCAUGCCGCAGCGACUUAACAAACCUUUACAACGAUGUGAUAUCCCCCACAACAUCCGGCAUCAACAAUCUGUGUCCGAUUCAGGGACAGCUGAACGCCAGAUACCGCUUCAGUGUCGCCGAGGCCAUCUUUGUUGGUGUUCCCGCUCUCUUUGAUCAUAAGGUGGAACUGACGCUUAAAGUGGAAAAUUACGAUGGACAGAACACCGGUCUUGAACUUUGCGCCGGCAAUAUCAACCUACAGAAGACAGUGUUGUUUGGGCUGGUAGCCGGAGAAUGUAGCUUCACUGUGCAGGACAGUUCCCCAGGCGUUAAUCUCACACGGUUCGGACAACCCUGUAGUGUCGGGUACCAGCUGAGAGACGUCGGAGGAAGCAAGAAGUGUCUACCUUGUCCCCACGGAUACUCGUCGUCCCCCAGUGGAGGUUGUGUUGAGUGCCCUGACGGUCAGUAUCAGGACCAGCCCGGACAACUCUCCUGUAAGAGCUGUGGCAGCAAUAUGUACUCACUGACCCCACGGACCAGCAGAGCAAGAUGUGUCAGUAAGUGUCGUCCUGGGUUCUAUUCUGAAACAGGGCAGCAGCCAUGUGAUGGGUGCAACGAAGAUACGUACUGGGUGAACGCCACUCAUUGCCUACCAUGUCCAGAUGGAGGCUCCACCCUGUAUGUAGAGGGCACCACCAGCAUAUCAGCGUGUAGAGCACCGUGUCCCAGUGGUCAGUACUCCGUGACUGGCUACGCUCCCUGUACACCGUGUCCUCGCCAUUUUUACCAAGACUCCAGAGCACAGACACAGUGUAAGGAGUGCGACUUAAACCAGACCACAGAACAGACAGGCUCAAAGACUCUUAGUGACUGUAAACCCGGAAAAAUGAGCUUCAUGACCCUGGACUGUCCUCAUAUAACAUACAAUGUGACAUCAACGACACCCACCACUUACAACAUCGCCGACCAGAUCACCCACAGCAGCGGAGCACUGACCUCUUCCCCAACAACCAUCGUCAAUUUGUCUAAUGUGGGCACGUUCAAUGACUACAGAGUCACGCUGCGCAACGACCAGGGAUUUGAAAAGACUUGUGCCUUCCAAGUUCUGAUCAAAGCUGGAAAAUGUUUCCACGAGCUGACCAACAGUCUACAGAAAGCUGACGUUAAUCGCUCCAGCAACAACGGCUACAGCAUCCUCUCCUCUGUCGUCACCUGCAAAAAUGGUUAUGCCCUUGCCGACGGCUCCACAAGUCGUACAUACAACUGUUCGGGAGAGAAUCUCUGGUCACCAUCUUUACCUCUCGAGGACUGUUUACCCUCCUCCCAUCACCGAGUACACGUACAAGGUCAGCCCUGA